UUCAUUAGUUCCCCAGCAGAAAAAAGCCCUAGUUGCCCUUUCCCUUCCGUAUCUCCGCCGCCGUCUCGGCCCCUCAGCCGCCGCCGCUCUCUCUCUCUCUCUCUCUCUCUCUCUUCAGACGCACGCUCACGACGGUCGGUCGGCGACUGCCGGCGGUGCUUGGCUGCAAACGUCCGACCUCGAACUCCGUUCGCGAGUAGCUUCUUCUUCUGGGUCGCUCUGCUGAUGGCUUCUCGACCGGAAGUACAGGCGCCGCCUGAGAUAUUCUACAACGACGUCGAGGCUCGCAAGUACACUUCCUCUUCCCGUAUAAUCGAAAUUCAGGCUAAGCUGUCGGAGAGGGCGUUGGAGCUUCUUGCUUUGCCGGACGACGGAGUUCCGAGACUACUCCUUGAUAUUGGUUGCGGAUCUGGAUUGAGUGGGGAGACGAUAUCAGAAAAUGGACACAUGUGGAUUGGUUUGGACAUUUCGCCAUCAAUGCUUGACAUCGCUUUGGAGAGAGAGGCAGAAGGUGAUCUUUUGCUUGGCGACAUGGGUCAGGGCUUGGGACUUAGACCUGGUGUUGUUGAUGGAGCCAUCAGUAUCUCUGCUGUUCAGUGGUUAUGCAAUGCGGAUAAGUCCUCUCACGAGCCACGGUUAAGAUUGAAGGCAUUUUUUGGAUCAUUAUAUAGAUGCUUAGCAAGGGGGGCAAGAGCAGUUUUUCAAGUUUAUCCAGAGAGUAUAGCUCAGCGUGAGUUGAUUUUGAGUUCUGCUAUGCGUGCUGGAUUCGCAGGUGGUGUGGUGGUUGACUUCCCACACAGCUCGAAGAGCAGGAAAGAAUACCUUGUGCUUACUUGUGGGCCACCAUCCGUUGGCACUGCCGUACCAAAGGGAAAAGGGGAAGAUGGGGAGAGUUCUUCCGAUGAUAGCAGUGGUGAUGAAGACAAUCAAACAGUUAGUGUGUCUGACAGGCACCGGCCAAGGAAGAAACAGAAACUAAAUAGGAGAGGCAAGGGAAGAGAGUGGGUUAUGAAAAAGAAAGAACAGAUGAGGAGAAAAGGGAAUGUGGUGCCUCCUGACUCAAAGUAUACAGCUCGCAAGCGCAAAUCUCGGUUUUGAUCAGUGGCAGGCAUGAGCUGCACCAAAAGAUUUUCAUAAUACAACUUCUGGCCUGGCUCAUAUUUAGGAGCAUAGCUAGUUAUGCACUGCACUACUCAUGCUUUUCCAUAUUCAGCGGUCAAAUGUAAUUUUCUAUUUCAAGUAGUUAACGAUGUAAUAGUAUUGGUAUAUAUAUGCAUUUUUUGGAGAGAGGCAGGAUGAUCCUGCUAAAAUUUUGAGUGAUUUAUAACGUUUGGAUAAGAUGGUUACAGGACCUACCUUCCCAUC